AAAUCUUUUACAUCACCAGUUGAGAAAAUCGGCAUUAGUACUCUUUUCCAUAGAUGCUGCCUGGCCUGCUGAACUCCUCCAGUAUUUUGUGUGUGUUGCUUCCUCUACCUCCUCUUGCUCUGGACUAUUCUACCGGUUGAAAACCACAAGGAAUUUGUCUACGGGAAUUCAAUCAACCAUCCUUCCUGCUCAGACUGUGGGGAGGGAUUCACUCGGUCAUCUGACCAACUGGCACAUCUGUCAUUUUACACAGGGGAGAGGCCGUUCACCUUGUCCGACGUCGGGAAUGGAUUCAAUCGGUCAUCUGACCUAAUGGCUCACCAGCGAGUUCACACCAGGGAGCGGCCAUUCACCUGCUCAGUCUGUGGGAAAGGAUUCACUCUGUCAUCCACGCUACUGGUACAUCAGCGAGUUCACACUGGGGAGAAGCUGUUCACCUGCUCAGACUGUGGGAAGGGAUUCACACUGUCAUCCCGCCUACUGGUACAUCAGCAAGUUCACACUGGGGAGAAGCCGUUCACCUGCUCAGUCUGUGAGAAGGGAUUCACUCAGUCAUCCACCCUACAGAGACACCAGCGAGUUCACACCAGGGAGAAGCCAUUCACCUGCUCAGAAUGUGGGAAAGGGUUCACUCAGUCAUCUGAACUACUGGCACAUCAGUCUGUUCACACUGGGGAGAGGCCGUUUACCUGCUCAGACUGUGGGAAGGGAUUCACUCAGUUAUCCAACCUACAGAGUCACCAACGAGUUCACACUGGGGAGAAGCCGUUCAUCUGCUCAAACUGUGGGAAGGGAUUCACUCAGUCAGCCACACUACAAAGACACCAGUCAGUUCACACUGGGGAAAGGCCAUACACCUGCUCAAUCUGUUGGAAGGGAUUCACUCAGUCAUCUGAUAUGCUGGCACACCAACGAUUUCACACUGGGGAGAGGCCGUUCACUUGCACAAACUGUGGGAAGAGAUUCACUCAGUCAUCCACCCUACAGAGACACCAGUCAGUUCACACUGGGGAGAGGCCGUUCACCUGCGCAUACUGUGGAAAGGGAUUCACACGGUCAUCCACCCUAUUGGCACACCGGUCAGUACACACUGGGGAGUGGCCAUUCACCUGCAGUGAAUGUGGGAAGGGAUUCACUCAGUCAUCCAAACUACUAACACAUCAGUCAGUUCACACUGGGGAGAGGCCGUUCACCUGCGGUGAAUGUGGGAAGGGAUUCACUCAGUUAUCUCAUCUACUGAGACACCAGCGAGUUCACACUGGGUAGAGGCCGUUCACCUGCUCAGACUUUGAGAAGAGAUUCUCUCAGCUAUCUCCACCAAAUGUGUGUCAUUCAGUUCACACAGGGGAGUGACUGUUCAGCUGCUGUGAAUUUGGGGAAAGAUUCACUCAGUAAUCAAACCUUGUGAUACACCACAGGUUUCACACAGGGGAGAAAGUUUCAAUGAGCUGCAUGCUGGAUAUUUGUCCAUCGCCGUUGCUGAAUGCAAUUUCGGGACUGACUGUUGGUGCUGAACUCUGCAAUUAUUGCUGCUGCUCACCACUCCCAGUUCUGCACGUUGGUCACUGGGCAUGGGAGGAGUUUCUUCUGCUGCACAUUCACCUUUAAUGGGACUGGAGUUUAAUACUCUGAAUCUGAGUCAAGUAAAUCAGUUCUAUUUUAAACUCUGUCUCUGGUACUUAGAGAAUUUAUAACACACCUUGUGUACAGUGGAAAGUCAACUCGGGCCAGCUGGACCCUGCCAGUGAUUCUGUUCCAGGUCAGUCCUUUUAAAUGCUCCCCUGUUGUUCACCUGUCACUCUCCCUGUGGGAUGUGUUCCAAAUAGUCACUACUCUGUGGGUGAAGAGGUUUCCCUUGAAUUCUCUGCAGAUUGAAGAAGUCGAGCUGACUGCAGUUCUGUCUGAGAAGUUCUUCACUCAGUUACCCUCCUUAACCACGACUCAUUUCCACAUGAUGGGUCAUUUCCCCAGCUUCUGAAGGGUUGUUGAAAGCACCACUGCCCUCUAAAGACUGAAAGCAGAAUGGGAAAGCAUUUGUUGGAUGUUCAACGGAUCAGGGUCAGAAACCAGAGGCAGGUCGGCACAGGAGCAGAGUUUGGGGCUCUGGACGAUGGUCGGGGUAAGAAAGUACGAUGAGGAAAAGGGAAUGAGCAGCGGGGCGUGGCAACGAAUGACAGAGUAGCAACAUUUGGAAGCUGAUUGAUGGAGAAAAUCUUUUGUUCGUCUGACUGAUGACACAAACAAUGCCUGUGGUGAGGUGCUCCACUGGUUGAGGAACAUGUAUGUUGGGAACGGUUUUUUCUAUUGAGGGAGUUGUUCCUGCUUGUUUAUCCGGUAAUAUUAUUAAUGGCCUUCUAGGUUCCUCCAGCAGUUUGUGUAUGUGUUGCUUGGACUUCCAGCAGCCACAGAUUCUCUCCUGUUUUUGAUAAGAGCAAAAGCCGGGUCAUAUAAUAUAGCAAGAAAACAGUGGAAAGUGAGAGGAUUGGAAAGUAAUUACAUAACCAACAGGAGACAACUAAAAAAGAAAAAACACUGGAGAGAAAAGAUGAAAAAUUAAGGUAAGUGAGCCAAUAAUAUCAGGUAUCAAAAGUUGUUCACAUACAUAAAGAGUAAAGGAGAGGCAAGAGUUGAUAUUGUACCGCUGGAAGAUGAUGCUGGUGAGUUAGUAAUAGAGUAAAGAAGUAGCGGCUGAAUGUAAUAAUUAUUUUGUGUCAAUAUUCACUGUGUAAGACACCUGCAGUACAAGACAAUAAGACAUAGGAGCAGAAUUAGGCCAUUCAGCCCCAUCAAGCCUGCUCUGCCGUUCUAUCAUGGCUGAUCCCGGUUCUCACUCAACCCCGCGCACCUGCCUCCUCGGCAUAUCCUGCAAUGCCCUGACUGAUCAACAAAAUAUUAGCGUCUGCCUAAGAUGUACCCACUGACUUGGCCCCCACCGCCGUCUGUGUCAGAGAAUUCCACAGAUUCACUGCCCUCUGACUAAAUAAAAUCCUCCUUAACUACUCUGAAAAGUUGCUCCUCAGUUUGCAGGCUGUGCCCUCUGUUAUGGCUACCCCCACCAUGCGGAGUCCUCUCCUCAUCCACACUAUUUAAACCUCUCCACAUUC